AUGCGUAAACAAGCUCUGGGAAAGUCCUCCGCCCCCUUUCUAUCUGUCUCGCUCAGUGAAGCUAGUUCCGUGUUCUACUACUUUAUUAUUACAACACCAUUCACUCUAAUAACCCACCAUCAGAUUUACACAGUAGUGGAUUUACAUCAGAUCCUCAUGACCAUGGCCUCUUGAAAAUAAAAUAAAAAGGUGCAGAAGUCCUACAGAACCAGGGGAAGGUUACAAUGAAGCACCCUUGAGCUUUCAUUCAGGAGAAUGUAUUUUUCACAAGGUGAAGAUUCGCUUGAAAUGAGACCGAUGCGGGGAGCAUCCCAGCUGUGCAUUGUAGCACAGCAGCUCCUGUGAGCACCGACUGGCCCCAUCACCUCUCCUCCCGUCUCCACGGAUCUGCCAGCCUAACCUGUCCUAGAAAUGGCUGCUCAGAGGAAGCACCUGGUCAGAGAUUUUAACCACUACAUUACCUGCUACGUCUGUAAAGGAUACUUAAUCAAGCCCACCACAGUGACCGAGUGCCUCCACACUUUUUGCAAACGCUGCAUCGUCCAACACUUUGAAGACAGCAAUGACUGUCCCAAAUGCGGCAUCCAAGUUCACGAAACAAAUCCGUUAGAAAUGCUAAGGCUGGACAACACAUUGGAAGAGAUCAUAUUUAAACUUGUGCCUGGACUCAGAGAAAAGGAACAACAACAGGAAAUAGAAUUCUGGAGGAAGACCAAAUCAAAAGAAAAUGGAGGAGAUGACAGUCCAAGAGCCAAGAGAGCCCGAAUGGAUGAUGACGAUGAGGAAGAUGGAGACCACGAUCACCACAGAAGUGACCCCCAGAUAGCUAUCUGCCUUGACUGCUUAAGAAACAACAGUCAAUCGGCAGAAAACAUAGUGAAGUCUGAGUUUCUACCCAACCUUGAGAAAACGAUCUUGUUUCAAUUCCCGCUCCAGGGUUUAAUGAAGAAAUUUAUACGCUGCUCAACUCGAGUGACGGUUGGAACAAUAAAGAAGUUUCUUAGUCUGAAGUUAAAGCUUCCAACUUCUUAUGAGCUGGAUGUACUAUGCAACGGUGAGAUCAUGGGGAAAGAUCAUACUAUGGAAUUUAUCUAUAUGACAAGAUGGAGACUUCGGGGUGAAAAUUCUUACCCAAUGGUACUACAGUAUCGACCGCGGAUUGACUUUGGCUAGACCACAGGGAGACAGAGUGAACCUGCUGAGGUGACUCCUGCACUAAAGUAAACCCAUCGACAGAUUGCACAAUGAAUGGAUGUGCCUGGACCAGGGACACAGAUGAUUCUGUUUCUUUGCUGCAUGCAGAUAGAUGUCUAUCCUGUUAGAGUUUGGUUUCUUUAAGUCAGUUUUAUAUUUUAAUUUGACAACAAAUUAAUGUGUGCCAAUCUUGCUUCUUCAACAUCCUACCUAGAAUAAUUGUAGCACUUGGCAUGGGUUUUUCGUAGUCCAGAAACUAGUGUAACAACAGAACUGUUUCACUGCUUUUAAUUUGAAUACACAAGCUUAUCUGUUGCACUGCAAUGACACAGUAUACAGAUUUGUGAAAGUAAAGAUUCAGUUUGCUGUUGAAUGAGUAUGUUGGACCCACUGGAGUAAAAUCCAAAUUGAACUGAUACCUUCAGGUUGUUCAACAGAAUUCUUUCUGGGUUGGAUAAGCUUAUAAGUUAUAAGGUAUCAAUCUAUUGGUCAAAAUACAUUGGUUAUGAAAAUAGCAAGUGAGUUUAACUCAGUGAGAGGUGUUUAUGGGAGGUCUUGAGAUAUGUAAUAGUUAAAGCAGGCUACUAAUCUGUAUUUAAGGUUUAUAAAUGUGUUAUUGGUUAGAAAUAGAUAUUGUAACAAUCUAAAAGACAUGCUUAAAACUCUUUCAGAAUAUAUGUUGGUGGUGGUGAUGAUUAGAGAAGAACUGUUUUGAAUUUUGAAUACCAAACAGAUGAUCUAAAGAUUCCUAAUAAGGUAAUUUCAUCCACCCAACACCUUUUUGAUUAUUACUGUAUCACACUGUGGACAGAUUAUAUCUGCCCUAUUUUUAAGGGUCAUGGCCACUUUCUUAGUUAUUAAUGUCAGGAAGUCAGACAGUUGUAUUUAUUCAUAGAGUAAUUGGUUAUAUUUUCCAUUGUAAAUGUCAUACUGCAAGAGAUUUAUACAAGUUUUAUCAUUCCUUCCUUUAAUUCCCUAUGCAUUCUUAACUGUAGUCACUGUGUAUAGAGUGGUGCCAAUUAAAUAUAAUUUACACAUGCCUUGGAUAAACCAUACAGUAAUGCACACUGAUUAGGCAAAGGAAAUAGAUAAUGGCUUCAACUGUGGGUUGGACCAUGUACUGUAGCUCACAACGCAUUGUUCAAAUGGAAACAGGUGUCUAGAGUUAAAGGAUUCUAAAGGUUUCACACAACUUAGAUAGGGCUAGUGGAUCACAUGACACGUCAUAUGACCACAUACAUUCUGAGGUUCAGUGAUUAGGGAGAAAUUUUCGAAAGCAUUUCCAAAUCUCGAAUCAUUGUUUGGGAAGAAAAUAUGAGCUGAAAGUAUUCAUAGAAGCUUUCAGUUCUUUUCCAUGGUCAGACUAAAAUGUGAUUACCCAGGCCUGUUUUUGUGCCAGUUUUAUGAACAGGUAAUAGAUUUUUUUGGCAGUGCUAUUAGGAAUAUUGAUGAAUUUUAAAAUUAGAUAGAUACUGUACGAAUACAAUAUAUAUAAAAAAAGAAUUUAGUGAACAUUUUGUUUUAAUUGGUUUUGCCUUAUUUUACAAAAUACCUGUUUUAUUAUUUUUUUUACACAAAUAUCAGUGAUUAAUAUCGGUGUUGUUUCCUCUCUCUACUUUACUGAGUGCUGAAUUCUCUAAAUUGAGCCCAAUUGGGAAAUAAAAUAUCUUUAAAAUAUGUGUUAAAUUAGAUAAACAGUUCUAUUGUUCCCUUGUAUAACAUUGGUUGUGCCGUUAAUUUCAUAUAUGCUUGAUAACUGUUGCAUUUUAUUUUUAUAGUUGUUUUUUUUUAAUUAAAAACUAUCAAAUUGCUGUCUGUCAUUUUGAAAAGUCAAGAAAAAGUCAUCUCUAUGAUGAUUAAAAUAGAAGCUUUUUUUUUUUUUUUUUUUUUUGGUUUGUUUGUUUUUUGUAGCUUCUGCAUGUUUGUAACUAAAGUCUAAACGAUACAGUGAGGCUUUCAUCUAAGACUACCUUGUUACAAGUGUACCACAUUUACUGUAUUGUCAUGCCACACUGCUAGAAUAUGGGUAUAAUACAUAUAGUGAUAAAGCAAUAAUGUCUGCUUUAUUAAGGAGCUUUCUGGUGGCCUGCAAAAGUCAGAUAUAUUGUAUAGCUGCCUCCUUUAUGUACAAAUCUCUAGCAGUGAAGUGGGCAAGUUGCAGUGGGCAUUUGUUAACAGCAUCCUAAUUGCAGGUAUGUUUGUUUCUUUUCAUCUCCAAAAUAUUAUUACCAACAACUUGUGAGAGCAUCUUUAAAAAAAAAACAAAAAAAAAAACUCUUGUUUGUAAUCACUUUGAGUUUUUAUCCGUCUUCAAAAAAAAAAAGUGUUUUAUAAAAAUUUAAAAAAUUAAAUAAAAAAAUAAAAACGAAUAGUGGUACAUUGUUUAGACUAAAUAACCUUUGAAAUGUUCUUGUGCUAACCCGCUAUGAAGAAUAUUCUGUAUUUUUGUAAGAAGCACUUGUAGAUAUUUUAUCUUUAAAAGGAAAUUAAUGUUGUAUGUUAUCCAAACAAAAAAAUGCUGCUUAGAAUAAUCUAUUCUAUUUUUCAAUGUAAAUGUGCCUGAAAUGCAUUCCUAUAGAGUUUAGCGAUCUGUGUGUGUGUGUGUGUGUGUGUGUGUGUGUGUGUGAUAUAUAUAUAUAUAUAUAUAUAUAUAUAUAUAUAUAUAUAUAUAUAUAUAUAUAUAUAUAUAUAUAAAAUAAAUUUCCUGACAUUAUUAUAAAAAUAAAAAAAUGAAUCACAUUGUGUGACUGGAGGCAUUUUACUAUUAUACAUACACAUGCAAAUAAUCUCAUUGCUGUAAGACAGUAGUUUGGAAAAUAUCCUUCCCAUUGUUGACUCCAUGGGUCAAAUUAUACAACUUUACACAGACUACUGUAGAUUGCGAUUGCUUACAUAUUUUUUUAACCUGCUGAUCUCAACCCCACCCACAUCAUAUUGUUAUAUAGUGUUACUAAUGUCUGGUGUCACUGUAUAGUGAGAAUCGUACAUUGAAUAGCAAAUAGAUUGAAUGGCUUUGCAGUGAGCGUUCUCCAGCAAGGUUAAUGAAGUUCAUUCAAACCACAAUAAGGAAUGUCUUAGCUGUGCAUAAUUCAGUAGUGUUUAAUGUUUUGCCCUGGAUGCCUCCCAAGUAAACAUCUGCAGGGUGAUGCUGCUGUUUGCCCAGCUCCAUGAACAACAGCCAGGGUGACUGGAAUUCUUCAUGGAAAAUCUCCCAUGUUGCUAAAGCACUGACUGCCAUCCAUCAACGAAAAUUAAGGUUAUUGUCAGAUCUGAUCCAACGGAUCCAUUCUUGUUGAACAAUGCCCAAUACUAACAAACUUGAUACUUUACCUCUGUUGUAAGCCUUCAGUCUAUUUGGAUGCUUUUAAUUUUCUUUGUAAUUUAUUUUUAUGUGCAAUAAAAAGAUCAAAUGAA